AUGAUGACAGCUGUCGAAUCCCACAUGACAUACAGCAACUCCUACACGAUCAACAAUGAAACCGUGUACAUGACCCAAGAGGAUGACUGGGACAGGGACCUGCUGCUGGACCCCGCCUGGGAGAAGCAGCAGAGAAAGUUCACCUCAGGAAUCCUGCCUUCUCAGCUGUCCGCUGGCACUCACAGGAAGUCGGGUCGGCUGGUCGCCAUCAAAGUCAUCGACAAGGCGCGUUUCCCCACCAAACAGGAGACGCAGCUGAUGAACGAGGUGGCCAUCCUGCAGAAACUGUCCCACCUGGGCGUGGUCCUGCUGGAGGGGAUGUUCCAGACAGUGGAGUACGUGUUUGUGGUCAUGGAGAAGCUCCAUGGAGACAUGCUGGAGAUGAUCCUGUCCAGUGAGAGAGGCCGGCUCCCUGAACGCAACACCCGCUUCCUCGUCACCCAGAUCCUGGAGGCUCUGCGGUAUCUGCACCUCAAACACAUCGCUCACUGCGACCUGAAACCAGAGAACGUGCUGCUUGCCUCUGCAGACCCCUUCCCUCAGGUGAAGCUGUGUGACUUCGGCUUCGCCCGGAUCAUCGGAGAGAAGUCGUUCCGCCGCUCGGUGGUGGGAACGCCGGCCUACCUCGCCCCGGAGGUGAUCAGCAGCAGCGGGUACAACCGCUCUCUGGACAUGUGGUCUGUGGGCGUCAUCACGUACGUGAGCCUGAGCGGCACCUUCCCCUUCAACGAGGACGAGGACAUCCGCCAGCAGAUCACCAACGCAGCAUUCAUGUAUCCACGGCAACCCUGGACCUCCAUCUCAUUGGAGGCGGUGAGUCUGAUCAACAACCUGCUGCAGGUGUCGGUCAGACGCAGGUUCAGUGUGGGCAAGGCUCUGGGACACCCCUGGCUGCAGGACUUCCAGCUGUGGUGUGACCUGCGUGCCUUUGAGCAGACGAUGGGCUGCAGGUAUCUGACGCACUGCGGGGACGAGGAGCGCUGGAUUCGCUUCACCAAGGAGAGAGGCCUGGACUUCCCCCCCCACCUCUGCUGGGACCCCGACAUGUGACUACGUACUCAAGGUAGGA